UCAACUAUCCCAGUACGACAUUUUCGCUUGCUUUGAUCAAAGAACACCUUUUACACCAUUUUAAAUCUAGCUGUAUCUUUACUCAAUAUACAGCAUCAUCAAAGAUGAUGGGCAAGGCGGAACCCAGGCGAGGGCCAAAAUUUCAGUCGUUGUUCACCAGGAAAUGUUACACCUGGCACUCGCCGGAAAUCUCCUUACAUCAAUCGAAUCCGGGCCCCAACUUUACUCUAUUGGACUCCUGCCAACCUACGGCGGUCCAGCCGAUGUCAUUCUUCAAUCGCAAAUUCCUCUCAGACUUGAACGCUGUGAAAAAAGCAAUCUCGAAUGCUUUUUGAAGAUUGAAGCUCCUUACCAGGCGCCGCCAAAACUCACGGAAGAGGAAGAGAACGUUAACGUCUCUUUUCUUGCUCUCCCGGCUGCGGGCGCCCUCGAGACUUAUAAAAGCAUCGGAGAGUUCUAUACCAAGCUUGAAGACAUGAUCAAGAAGUCUGCACGCUAUGUCACUUUCAAGAACAAAAACCUGCAGUUUUCGCCGAAGGAAUUUUUCGCUGACAAGAUGAUUGAGGUGACUGACCAAGAGUCCGCACACAACGCCUUAAAGAUCAUUAUAGAUCAAGGUGAAGGUAGUGUUGGAGUCGAGGAUGCACAUUACCAAAUGUUCCUUGAUCUUUACAAGAGGCGCACCGAGUGGGAAUGUCACGCUGUGCCGAACUCGCCAAAGGCCGAGAUGUACAAGGAGAACAAGCUCGUGUAUGAGCUGGCACUUGCAUCAAACGCAGCCUAUUGCUACUUGCUCAUCACGAUCCAGAAGACCUGGCAAGUUAGCAACCUUGUUCUUCGGCGCGCCCUCAUCAGCAACACGCAUUCGAUCAUGAUCGAUAUCAUGACACCCAUAGCCGAGGUCAUGGUUGAGGAACCCUUCCAGGAUGGUAAAGCUGCUCCCCCAUUCCAAUUCUACCCAACCAAUGCCGGAGAAGAUCUGAGUAGAGUUGAUGAGGCAGCAAAUGAACUGCGGGAAGCGAUCAAACUUCAUCUUGGAAACGCGAUCAAUGAAGUUCGUGAUGUGAAGAAGAAGGAAAUAUUAAAUGUCAUUAAAUUCUCUGUAGACCACGUCCUGUGGCCUAUACCUGUACUGGAUGACUCUGCGUAGAUAGUCUUACAAAUAGGUGUGCUGCCUGCAGCUCAACUGUGUAUGAACAUGCUUAUUAUGACACGCGCUGUAUUACUA